AAAAGCCAGGCAAGCCAUCAUGGACGACGACGUCAAGUCCGCGGCCAACGCCAUGAAUGAUCGAGGCGCCGACCUGAACUUCGAGGUGUCGGUGGUCGAAGGCGAUGAGCUGGAGGACGGACUCAUGUCCCCGAAGGUUAGGGACACGCUCAUGGGCACCAAGAAGGCUCCGUACGGAGAAGACGACAAGCCUGCACGCCCCAUGGGGCUGUGUGGAUGCCUCUCCUUGGCCUACUACCAACCGUACUUUGAUGUCGACACCACGGACGUCCAGCAGCGGUUGAUGCGAGCGCUAGUGCCGUUCAAGAAGGACCCGACGUUCGCAGAGCUGGCGCUGCAGGCUCCUGACGCGUACGGCCCGUUCUGGCUGUCUACGACGCUGAUCUUCUGCUUGGCCUCGUGCAGCAAUGCCGCAUCGUUCCUGGACUAUGAAGGCAACACGGACGAGUGGUCGUAUGAUUUCAGCCGCCUCGCGUCGGCGUACACCCUAGUGGAGAUUUUCCUACUUGGGUUGCCGAUGCUCAUCUGGCUCGUGGGCAAGUACUUUCAAGUGCCCAUGACGCUGCUCUUCCUCGUGUGUCUCUACGGCUACUCGUCUAUCAUGUUCAUCCCGGCUGCGAUCUUGUGCGUUUCUCCGAUCGACGCGAUGGAUUGGGUAGUGAUGCUACUGGCGAUGGCGUGGUCGCUCUUCUUCCUGUUGAACAACCUGUGGCACGUUAUUUCGGAGCACCUGACGAAGGAGAAAAUGCUCCCAGUGCUGGCAGUCAUCAGUGGAGCGCACAUGACAUGGGCUAUCCUCAUGAAGCUGCUCUUCUUUUAAAGCGUCAACUGCUUUCGUGGUGUGCGUGCAUAAAAAACUGAAUACGAGCUCUCU